AUGGACAAAAUAUAUGACAAAGAAGUACAGCCAAAGGACACCAUUCAAGAUUGGAUUAACACAGCCUGCGAAAUAGACGGACGACUCAGAGCUAGAUCUGCUCAAAAAGCCAUCCUCGCCAACUCCACCUCCUUUCGCAGCAAUUAUUUGAAUCAUUUCCACACUCAACCAGCCGUCCGCUACAACUCCACCACCGCUCCUCGCAGAAUGAACAACCAGGUGGGAGAGGAAACCGCACGGUUGAUUUGGAAGGAGAAGACUACGCACCCGCUAUGGGAGACCAAGCGGGAAUAUAUCGAGGAGUGGAGACAGAGGAUGUUCCUCGCAACGACCAGCGGGUAUCACAACCUGGUCCUUCGAUGGAAUGUCCUCACUCUGCCCCAUCCGGACGACCCCAAACAAACCAUGGGCAACGCGUUAUGUUACCUAACAGACGACGGGGAAACAGAGGUGUCAGUCAUUCUGCUCGAAUCGGAGCAGUGCUCGGAGAAUUAG